AUGUGGCAGAUUAAAGAUGCGGUGGAGUCGGUUUCUGCUGGUUCUGAUGGACUGUUUAUCUGGGAAGAGGCACAGAAAUACUGCAGAGAGAAUUAUACAGACCUGGCCAGCGUGUUUGACAUGGCAGACAUGGCGAGACUGCGUGAAUCCACAGAGUAUGAAGGAAAGAAGAGAGACGGUAAAUCAAUCAAUUUGAUUAAAGAGUCCAAGAACUGGACACAGGCUCAGAACUACUGCAGAGAUCACGACACUGACCUGGCCAGUGGACUCGAUCAGGCGGAUGGGAAAGAAUUCAAGAUCCUGAAGCAGUCUCAGGGCUCUCCGAUGACAGUUUGGAUCGGCCUGUUCAGAGACACCUGGAGGUGGUCAGAUGGAAGUAAUUUCUCUUUCAGGCACUGGAAUAUGGAGUCAUUUAAUGACGGACAAAACAACAAGAAAUGUGCUGUGACUCUGUUAAACAGAUCAGGAAAAUGGGGCUCUGAUGAAUGCAACAACAAAAAUCCUUUCUUCUGUUAUGAUGAUAAAUUGAUUCUGAUCAAUGAAAACAAGACCUGGGAGGAAGCCUUGGAUUACUGCAGACUGCACAACACUGACCUGGUCUCCAUCACUAACCCUCACCAACAGAGAGAGGUUGAGAGGAAAGCCAAGAAUGCCAGCAGUCCCUACGUAUGGGUGGGACUGCGCUACUCCUGCGUGAUGGAUCUGUGGUUCUGGAUCAGUGACAAACGAGUCUGCUACGAGAACUGGGCUGAUAAAGGAAAGAUUGAUGAGUGUCAUAGGUGUGCAGCUAUGGAAAGAGGAGGACGGUAUCAGUGGGUCAGUCAAAGUGAAUAUGAGAAAUAUAAUUUUAUUUGUUCUAAACAAUAA